UGCCAUGGAAGAGGCGGAGCCGGGGAAGGCGGGGCGGGGAGACAUUCAGGAAACACCGGAGACUUCACCGGGCCUAGUGGGCCUCAUGAGCCCCGGGUGUUAUUAGUGAGGCUGGGAGCGCUGAGGCCUGCGGGGAGGAUGUGGAACCGGCUGGGCGCCUUCCUGCAGCAGGCGGUGGAGUCGCGUGAGCCGGCCCAGGACCUGCUGCAGUCCUUUGUACAGCACUGGAAAGGGGUGACUCAGUACUACCUGGAGACAACCGAUGAAUCCUGCCAAGCACGUCAUACAGAUAUCCCAUGGAGGCUCCGCCAGCUCCAGGACAUCCUUGUCUACGAGGAGGGAGAGCUAGCGGCCAGAGAAGGCGCAGGGGACAGAGAAAUAAGCGGACCUGCAGACAAUACUGGACCCUGCAUGGAAUAUCUUUUACAGCACAAGAUAUUGGAAACACUUUGCACCCUAGCAAAAGCAGAGUACCCCCCUGGAAUGAGGCAGCAGGUUCUGCUCUUCUUCAGUCGUCUUUUGUCUAAGGUCCAUCGUCCCCUACUGCACUAUAAUAAUGUCCAUCGGCCCGUACAAAAACUCAUCGCCCUUGGUGGAGAUUCUGUUGGGGUCACCGCACAUAAGGAAGAAUUACAGUUCCUGACCUCGGUCUGCAGUAAAUUAGAGAAUGACUCUUCACUUAUCGUACACGUUCUAGAGAGCGAGAUUGUGAAGAGGGCGACUUCCACUGAAGAAAAUAAUGAGCCAGCUACUGGAUCCGCUAGUUGUAAACCUAAACAGACAUUAUUCAAAGCUUUACUCAGACUGUGUGUGUGCCAGUCACAGAAAGGUCGUCUAGCAGUUCGAGCAAAAGAGACUCUUCUUGGGGUCCUCCGCACCGCCCAGCAGGAGGGUCCAGCGCGAAUUAUUGCGCACAGCGACCUGAGCCAGCAACUGGCAGAACGACUAUGUGACUUGCACAAUGACAUCCCUCUGAGCAUUCACCCAUGUGAUAUCACCAGCCAAGAGGACACUGAUUGGAGGACAGAAGUCAGCAAAGAAGAGUAUGACACCAUGCCACCAGAGAUGGCCGCCGUGCGGAGGUUUCUGUGCUGGUUAAGGUUCUGUAACUCUUUAUUACAGGAGUCCCAUCAGAUGGUCGCCGUGUCCAUAGCAAAUGCAAUCACAGAGGUCUACCUGCAGGGAAAGCUCCAUGAUGAGCUGCUGCAAGUAUCAGAACUUCAUAUUCUGAGAAGUACAGCUUUACUCACUGCUCUGCUUCAACAUCUGAACUCCCCGCCAUUACUGCAUCAGCUUCUCAUUUUCCUGCUAGGAGAGGAGAAAGGCCCAGAGAGGAGGAGUGACAAAUCUCCACAGCUCCGAUACCAUCUUAUCCAGAGGUGCAACCAUCUCUCUGAUGAGAUAAGUCUCACCACAAUGCGCCUGUUUGAGGAGAUGUUCCAGUCAUCUGAUGCGAUGGCCCUUGACAGUCUGGUGCUCCUCAACCUGGAGAAUCGGCAUUACCUGUCAGGGGGAAGUGAAGAGAGCCGAGUGCAGGAUAUGGAAUCCUUUGAAGGCACAGAUGAGCUUGAAGAAGACCCUUAUUUCACAGAUGGGCUGCCGGAUACAGGUCUACAGAUGAUGGGAAGAAGCCAGAGAAGUCACGGAGAGUCCCGGGGGGCUGAGCAAAGCAUGAGAAGUUUCCUUUCCCUGGUUCCAGAGGAGAUGAAGUCUUCAGACUCUGGAUUUGACAGUUAUCUACAAGAUGCUCUAGUCCAGCACCAAAGUUGUUGUAAGCUGGCAGCACAUUGGAAUUGGCCAUCAGCUCCACAGUCCUUGAGCACCAGCCCCACUGAAGAGGAAUUCUAUGAGGGCCAGUUCCUGCAGGUCGUGUUUGAUCGGCUAGGGGGAAUCCUGGAUCAGCCAUACGAGAUGAAUCUACAAGUCACUUCUCUUCUCACCCGCAUUGCCCUGUUUCCUCACCCGCACAUCCAGGAGUAUCUUCUUGAUCCUUACAUUAAUCUGGCCCCGGGCGCCCGAUCUCUGUUUUCUGUGCUUGUACGGGUGGUUGGAGAUCUUGCUCAGCGCUCCCUGCGAGUGUCCAAUUUCCAGGAGAUGUUGCACCUUAUGAGACAACAGCUGCUAGGGGAAACCCCUGAGGCAAUGCUGGGCCAUGAGACCCUGUGUUGUGGGGUUGUGGUGCUGGAGGAGUUCUGUAAGGAGUUGGCAGCAGCAGCUUGUGUCACCCGUCAUCCACUUGGUGUUUAAUCAGUGACUUGGAUACAGCCAUGAAUUCCAGUGCAAUAUUUCUAAUACUGUCUCUGUUAUAGGGACAUCAAAGACUGCUUUUAUACCUCCAUGUGCCUUAUGUCCUGUUCUGCCAGGCCAUAUUCACAAGCUAGGAAAGAAUCUUGACAAUUGGUACUGUGCCUUACCGUCCUCAUGUUGAUGUGGCCUCUGACGUCAUCGACCUGUAGAUACAGAGCCGCCUGUUGCCGCAAUACUUUAUAUCUCUGUGCUGCUACAAGUUUUCGGCAUAUUUAUUUUAUUUCUUUUGUAUAUAUUUUAAUCUGCAACCUUGCAAUGUUUAAGCGAAUGCCUUUUAAUGUGCUGGGCAGUUUUUAAUCUCCUAUUUGGGUUUGUGUCACUUUUUGUGUGUCGAAAUUGUGUUUUUAUGUUUUAGGCAUUAUACUUGCCUGCUCUGUGCAAUGGUUUUGCACAGAGAAGCCCCGAUCUUCCACUCCGUGGGUCCCCCACUGGCACUCCUGGCCUCUCCUCCCACCAUAGCAAGCUGCUUGUUAUAGGGGCACUCAUGCAUGCUUACUCCCGAGCCAACUCUGUGCGUCCACAAGACUCCCAGAGCAGUCGCAGGCAUCUCGCUGGUACAGUUGUUUUAAAACUGGUGGUUGGCUCCCUUUAUAAAAGCAAUCCUAAUGGCUAGACUGCUUUUACAAGCAGCAGGAGGGGACCUGUUUACAUUCUUUGUAAAAGCCAUAAAAGUGAUAAA